GAUGUCGUUUAUGAAGUUGUAUAUAUUCCUCGUGAUCGAUAUUACAAUGUGCGUGAACUGUCACCAAGCGAAGAGUAGCUUAGUUUUUGUUAUCGAUAGAACAUCAUCGAUGCGUAAGGUUAUUGAUCACGUGAAAAAGAAAACUGACCUUAUUUUUGAUGCAGUACUUAAAUCGAACAGUAGUCGAAUUGAAGAUUUUAUCAUAGUCACAUUUGACGAUCCCAACGCAGAUUUACUAGUUUGGACGAAAAACCGAGAAGAAUUCAAAGCAGGUUUAAAAUCUAUAAAUUUAACGAACGGAGGUGAUUGCCCUGAGUACUCGAUGUCGGGAAUAGAAGAAGCAUUAAAAAUUAGCAAACCAAAUUCCUUUUUCUAUGUCUUCACGGAUGCUUCUGCUUCAGAUUAUAAGAAAAUAGACCUCGUGAAGAGCCUCAGUCAAAAAAAAGCAAUCCAAGUUAACUUCCUCUUGACGGGAAUGUGUAAAAAAUACGGUGGAAAGUAUUAUUCUGUGUACGAAAACUUAACUGAAGCGACAUCGGGACAGAUAUUUCACAUAAACAGAAAUGACAUUAAUGAGAUUAUAAACUACAUUAUUGAAUCAAUUAAAAAUAAACGGACGAUAUUGAAUCAUAAAAAUAUUAAAAAAAAGGGAGGAACUGUCCAAUUUACGGUCGAUAGCAAAAUACAAGAUGUCGUGAUAGCUAUAACAUCAGAUUCCCCAAGCUAUCAAGUAUCAGAUUCAGAUGGUAACAUCAUUGAAACAGUAGAAAUAGUUCAUACGAAUAAAACUGCUGUUGAUAAAUUGAUUGCUAAGCCUGGAGACUAUACUAUUCAUAUAAAUAACGGUAUAAAAUGUUUAGUCGUUGUUUCCGCGUCAACGACUGUCUGCUUUCAAUACGGUUUUUCUAUAAUUAAACCUACCACCAUGAACGAAACUUCAACUAAGCCUCUCAAGGGACCUACAGAUAAGCAGUAUUUAGCAAUUCAAUUAGAUAAUGUUGAAAAAGAUGUCACAUUAGAAGCAGCUGAGAUAAGAGACAUUGAUAAUAGCAUACUAAAUUUCUUACCUUUAAAAAUAAUUAACGUUGAACAACAAUUAUACGUAACAGAACCAUUUAAACCGCCGUCUGGUAUGUUCAAAAUAGCGAUAAAUGGGCUUACAAAUAAAAAGGAAAAAAUUACAAGGUUAUCAACGAGUACAUCUGAAUAUCAAAAUGAAUUAGAAAAACCUAAAUUUACGGUGCCAAUGGUAACGAUUUUAUCAGACUCCCUAGUAGAUGUUGAAUUUGCUGAUCCUUUGACUUUGAAAUGCAAAAUCCAUGCGUAUCCCGAGCCGAAUGUUACGUGGACGGAUCGUUCUGGUGUAAUUAUUACAUCUGAGCCAGUCUUACCGAUUGAUCUUCCAUAUGAUUACAUUAGUGUUCUCGAAAUAAAUGAAGUCAACACGAACAUGACACUCACUUGCACAGCGAUAAACAAUAAAGGAGACAAAGACGCAAAAUCCAUAGACGUAAGAACAAAAAGGAAAAAAUACUUCAAAAUUCUUGAAUAUCCAAAAGAUGAAACGGUGGAAUAUAAAAAAAGUUUCGAAUUUAAAUGUAUCGUAGAUGCAUCGCCAGAUGUAAAUAUCACUUGGUUCAAAGAUGACAAAAAGAUAAGUAACGAUAUAAAUUAUCAAAUAUCACCAGACAGCUCGACAUUUACUAUAAAUAGCAUGAAUAUUAAGUUAAAAGGAAAUUACCGUGUGAAUGUCGUUAACGACCAUGAGGCUAAAGAUUUUCCAUUCAAGGUUGCUAUAUCCGGUAUAGACGCUCCUAGAAUAGACAAACGUGUAGUUACUUAUUAUAGGGAAAUAGGACAGAGUAUUGAUUUGCCAUGCAGAAUUAUACGAGGUACUCCGAAACCUAUUUUGUCUUGGUCAUUUAGCAAAGACGUAUCACUACUUGGAUUUGAAGACUUAGAAAACACAAAGUCAUCUUUUCAUAUUAAUGAUAUUGAAAAGCAACACAAUGGAAUUUAUAGAUGCAAGGCCACAAAUGAUAUCAAUGAAGAUAUUCAUGAAAUGCAAUUGAUUGUGGAAUAUAUUCCGUCUGUAAAGAUGAUUAGAAGAAUUAAAUUCAACCAAAGUGAGACUGUAACUUUGAAUUGCAUUAUUGAUGGAUCACCAAAACCUACAGUUCAAUGGACUUAUAACGAAACAGAAAUAAAUAUUUCAAGCAAAUAUCGUAUCUUCAGUAACAAUAGUUUAAGUUUUAUAGGUUCGACAUGGGACAGUGGUAAAUAUUAUUGCAAAGCAAAAAAUAGCCUCGGAGAGGCGAAAGAAUUUACAAUUCUUACUAUUUACGAACCUGUUACAAUAGAACCGCCUGUUGAGCACCGUUUAACAUUGCAAGCUGGGAGUUCUAAAAUAUUGGAUUGCCGUGUUCGGGGUUAUCCUAAGCCGACGGUAAAAUGGAUACUGAAUUUUUUUGAACCAAAUUAUUUGCAAUUAGAUUUACCACAUGAUAAAAAUAACUCUUACAAUUUGAAGCGAGCUCAGAUUGACGAACAAGGAAAUUAUACGUGUGUGGCAGAAAAUGCGGGUGGUAUAAAAACAAUCACGUAUGAAGUAUUUAUUUUAGCUGCUCCUAAAAUAAUAAACACAUUAAAAACAUCAACAUUAUAUGCCGUCGUGGGUGACCUAACUCUUAGGAUUCCCUGUGAUGCCGAAGGUUCUCCCAAACCAACAAUAACAUGGCAGUUUAAUAAAUUAAAUAUCGCUAAAGGUACGGAUUGGUACGACAUUGAAAAUGAUGGGACUUUAAUCAUAAAGAACAUCACUUUAAGCGCAGAAGGCUCCUACAUUUGUAAAGCGGAAAACACUUUAGAUGUUGAUAAAAUUGAAUAUGAUGUGAAAAUUAAUUCGAUCGUCGAUACGUUUUUUAUUUUCACGUUGCAAAUUAAAUUGGGAUCAUCGAGUGAAAUUCCGUGCGGUUUUUCCCCUCAAUUGGUUAUACAAAAGGGGACUUUCGUUCGCUGGUUCAAGGAUGGAGUUUUUUUAAAAGAGGGAAACCUAUAUUUGUCGAAUGCACAACUGAGCGAUUCCGGCAUAUAUACGUGUCGCUUGAGUACAUUUUGGUCGUCAGAAUCGUAUAACAAGAACGUCGUUGUUGGAUUCAAACCAGAAUUUAAUUCAGAUUAUAAAAAAAAUAUAAAUUUCAAAGAAGGUACAGUAGAAACUUUAGACUGUACUGCUAAAGGUGAACCAACGCCAACGGUUAGAUGGCGUAUUGGUUCAAGUAGCCUUAAGGAAAAAUCAAUGCUUUAUAAGUUCAAGAUGGCAAAAACAAACAUUGGAGUAUACAAAUGUGUGAUCACAAAUGAAUUUGGAUCUAUUGUAAGAGUAUUUUAUAUUAAAAAAGAAGCCUGCACUUUACCAAGAGCGAAGUAUUUAGAUAGACAUAUGCCAUUGAUUUUAUCAAAAACUCAAAAUUGGAUAUUUGAGAAAACAAUAUCUAUCUAUACACCAAUUUACCUAUUUUGUCCUGGGACAUAUUUAUCUUACAACGAUGAAAGUUUGGGUACUUACAUCUUAGCAACGUGUGUAGACAAAACUUGGUUCCAAAUGAAUAAUAAAACAUACGAUAUUUCUGAUAUGAAAUGUGCCAAAGAAAUUGAAGUCACGUAUAAAAAUACAAAGAUAUCCUGUCGAAAAGGAAACACGGAAUUAAUCAGCAUCGGGUUUUCGUUGGGUAGUUACUUCCUGAGCGUCUAUGACGUUUGCUUGGAUAAAGAUAAAUAUAAAAUACAUUUUACGAAAUACGCUGUACACGAGGGUGUGGCGGAUGCCGAUCUCGUUGGGGCAUUUGAGAAGAAUGAAUUGUUGCCAUUGAAUUUUGACGAUAUAUAUGAUUGUAAGAAACAAAUCACUUCGAUUUCGGCGUCAAUUGGUGAAAUAUUUAGUAAAAGCGAUAAAUGCUGCUUUGGGAAAAGGCAAUUGGUGAAUUCUAAGGACGUGAUGCCGGGAUUGGUCCAAGCGGCGACUUUUACUUAUUUGAACGUCGUACCUAUUUGGAGUUCUUGUGGUUUAGAGAACUGGGACGAGGUGGAACGAAGAGUACGCUCUCUCGCUAUGAGUUUAGGCUAUAAUCUAGAAAUAUGGACAGGAUCUUCGCAUUCAAUACUAUUAAAUAUAAACAGUGUUAUUAAGGAAAUACGAUUAAAUGACAGAAACAACCGUCAACAACAGGUUCCGUUGUAUUUAUGGAAGGUAGUAAUUAAUUAUCAAGAAGAGUCGUCUCUGGCAAUUAUUUUUAUUAACAUUCCAAAUUUAACGUCGCAACAGGCGUUGAUCUUUAUGAAAUGCAAAGACGUAUGUCACAAAACGAAAUGGAUGAAAAAUCCCGCAUGGACCAACGUUGAAAAAGGAUUCGUAUUUUGUUGUAAAAUAAGAGAUUUCGAGAAAGCUUUCAAUUACAGACAUCUCUUUCGAAGUAAAGGUGCAAUUUUAAUAUAAUAUUGAAAGUUUGACAAUAUGGUCGAAAUUUUGACCUACGUCAUCGGACUGUCAGUGUUUGAAAUUAUGUAUAUGAAUUUUAUUAUUAAUUGAGUGAGUGAUGAUAUUUAACGUAGCAAUUAAAUAUUUACUUGAUGGUAGGGCUUUGUGCAAGCCAUUCUGGGUAGGUACCACCCACUCAUCAGAUAUUCUAUUGCCAAACAGCAGUACUCAGUAUUGUUGUGUUCCGGUUUGAAGGGUGAGCGAGCCAAUGUAACAACAGGCACUAUAGACAUAACAUCUUAUUUCCCAAAUUUAAAGGCGCAUUAGCGAUGUAAGGAAUGAUUAAUAUUUCUUACAGCGCCACUGUCUAUGGAUGGU